GGCGGCGCGAGCGUCAGGGCGCCGCGCGCGUGACAGCGUCACGGCGUGACGGCGUGACGGCGUGAACCUUGCGGGACCCGUGCCACUGCACCAGCCCCGGGCAGCAAGGCGGCUGGGCGGCCCGGUUGCAGACCCGGUUGCAGACCCGGUUGCAGAACCGGUUGCAGAACCGGCCCGGCCAUGGCGGUGGGCUGCGGGACCAAGUGUGCCAAGAGCAUCCUCAUCUCCUUCAACAUGCUGUUCUGGCUCUCGGGGGGCACCCUGCUGGUGCUCGGCGCGUGGGUCUUCCUGGACCCGGCCAAGGCGCACCUGUUCCACCUGGUGUCCGCGUCGCAGGCCAAGCGUGACGUCAUCUACUACCUGGCCUACGCGCUGCUGGCCAUCGGGGGCUCCAUCUUGGUGAUCGGCUUCUGCGGCUGCUGCGGCGCGCUGCACGAGCGACGCUGCAUGAUCGGCACGUACGUCGUGUUCCUGCUGUUCCUGGUGGCGGUCGAGAUGGGCGUCGCCGUGAUCACGUUCGUCUUCCGGGAGGAGUUCAUGGAGGGGCUGGAGGCGCGCCUCAGCGACCAGCUCGUCAACAAGUACGGCCUGGACAUCGCCAACCACUACGAGAGCAACAACGUCGCCAACAAGGACUUCACCACGUCGGUGGACUUCGCUCAGUACCGGUUCAACUGCUGCGGCAUGCGCAACGACUCGGACUACCAGCAGACCAAGUGGUGGGCGCGCGGCCGCGAGAAGGCGGGGCAAGCCGAGCGGCCGAGGAACGUGCCGCUCACCUGCUGCGUGCUCUCCAACUCGGAAGUGUCACAGACUGGAAGUCCCAUUAGCGUAGUUUCGCGGUCUUUCCACGGAACCACUGAAGAGCCGUGGCAGAGCCCGCAGCCCAAGCAGGAGCAGGCGUGCCAGGACGACAACCCCCGGGUCCACGAGCGCCUCCGCUACAAGCAGGGCUGCCUGCUGGAGCUGGUGCUGUGGUUCCGCCGCGAGAGCACCGUGCUCGUGGCCUGCUGCACGUCCAUCGCGGGGCUGCAGCUGCUGGGCGUGGUGCUCUCCCUCUGCCUGUGCCGCAACAUCGCCGAGGACGCGUCGGCCUAGCGGAUCGCCGCGGACGCCGAUGUGGAGCAGUCCCGCCACCAGUACCCGAUGCGGCACUUGGGCCCCGACUGAACCAUCAACCAUCGUGCGUCCGCGCCUUUGUCCGCGCCCUUGUCCGCGCCUCGGCUGGAGCCUGGAGCCUCGAGGGCCGGGGCCGGCCUCCCCGACAGAGACUAGAGACUCCACCAUCAAGUGCCAGAAUGAGGAAGGGCGCCGUGCGCGCUCCCCUGUAGGCAAGGCGCGUCGGCGCUUUAACCGAACUUAUUUUGAGUGUUUAGGGUUUUCAAACUGUUAUGUAUGGAGACAUGACGAUCUGCUGUCUUUGUUUUCAGAAAUCUUUCUCUGGAUUUGGCCCUUUUCUUUUAACGUUUGAGCAUCAACAACCGUUUCCUCUCGCCGCCGAGGAUAGGCUCAGGUGCGCAUCCAGCAUCCAGGACUCUUGGUGGCGCUUAUUGCCCAUUGGCAGGGGCAAACUAGUGCACAGAUUUGUGCCUACCUUCAGGCGGUCUGUCCAGUACCCAAGGAGGGGGUAAUCACCCCAAUGAAAGCUGCCUGGAUCCGCGCCUGGACAGGCUUGUCCUCUCAUUCUCUUUGGCCCCACAAUGAUCGCCGUGUCCGCAGCCAACCAGUCCGUCGUCCCGUCGUCUUUGGGAAGUCCUGGGACUGAGAGAAGCUCGCCGUCGUCGAGCCACCUACUCUUUCAUCGAGUGUCAACAUCAUUUUCCUGUGAUCUAUCAUUUAAAAAAAAAACUUUUUUUCGUCCAUGUCUCGGUACGUCCUUUGUAGGAGAUUCGUGUUAGUGAGUGAAAGAAUGAGUGAGUGAUUAUUGUUAGCAUUAAGAUUAUGAAUUUGAAUUGAACAAUGUGAUAGGCAAAUAAUCAAUGAUCCAAUCUUCUCAGGCUUCACGCCUCUGAUGAUUAUGAUCGGACUGCUGCACAAACACCACCCACCAAAACAGUUGGCCCACUAGCACUCUUUGUGGGGUAUAGUGGUGCACUCAAUGCUAGAUUUGUAGACGGAACUUUGUGAGUCGGCGUUGGG